UCCUAAUCUAACCCGAGCUCCCUCCCCUAGCCAGCGUUCGGAGCCGAUGCCGCUCGCCGGCAUUGCCCUCGCGCCUCUCCUCGUAUCCCCUCUCUCGCCUCCCUCUCCCUGUGCCCGUGGCAGCGUUGCAGUCUCCGCAGAGCCCCGGGGAAGGCGCCGCGCGCUACGGCGGGUGCGGUGCUCGGCCGUAGCGGCGUCCGGCGGAGGCGGUAAUGCCGGCGAGCUGUCACGCGCCACGCUGCUCUGGAGGGCCGCCAAGUUGCCCAUCUACUCCAUGGCGCACGUGCCGCUCACCGUAGGGGCUGCUGCUGCUUACAACCACGCGGGGUUGUUCUUCUCCAGGUGCUACUUCGGCCUCUUGGCAGCUGUUGUCCUCGUGAUCACCUGGCUCAAUCUGAGCAAUGACGUUUACAAUUCAGAUACCGGUGCUGAUAAGAACAAGAAAGAAUCUGUCGUCAACAUUGUUGGCAGUCGAGCAGUGACACAGUAUGCAGCGAACCUUUCUCUUCUGCUCGGGUUUGGAGGGCUAUUUUGGGCCUUUGCUGAAGCAGGGGACGUCAGGUUCAUGGUGUUGGUGCUAUGUGCAAUCCUUUGCGGCUAUGUUUAUCAGUGCCUGCCGUUCCGAUUAAGUUAUCGUGGCCUAGGCGAACCAUUAAGUUAUCAUGAUGGAAUUUUUUUUUCUACACGGACAGUUUAG